CGCCUUCGCUACUCUUGAAGAGGAAGCUUGCGAGUUACUCAUUCCUUAUUUGGAUCCAAUUCUUCGAAAUCUUGUUUUUGCUUUCACCAAAUAUCAACACAAAAACUUGCUCAUCCUUUAUGAUGCUAUUGGUACCUUAGCUGAUUCCGUCAGUGGAGCGCUUAAUAAAAAAGAGUACAUAGACAUCCUCAUGCCGCCGCUUAUCGAAAAAUGGCACUUGCUUAAGGAUGAUGAUAGAGAUUUGUUUCCAUUAUUGGAGUGUUUGUCGUCUGUCACAACAGCUCUUGGAUUGGGAUUCCAGCCUUUUGCUCAACCAGUUUUUGAACGUUGUGUCAAAUUGAUCCAUAACACUCUGGUUCAAUAUCAGCUACACCAACAAAAUCCAACGUUGGACAUGCCGGAUAAGGAUUUUAUGAUCGUUGCGUUGGAUUUAUUAAGUGGUUUGACGCAAGGGUUAGGAAAUCAGAUCGAGGCUCUUGUAUCCAAUAGCACCCCAUCAUUAUUGUCUUUGCUAAGCGAUCCAGUCGCUGAGGUUCGACAAUCUGCCUAUGCGCUUUUAGGCGAUCUGUCAAUUGCUUGUUUCACACAUAUCAAACCUUAUCUUAAUCAAUUCAUGGUCGAUCUGAUUAGUCAAGUCGAUCCAAACGCUGAACAUGUUAGUGUUUGUAACAAUGCUGCAUGGGCAGCUGGUGAAAUCGCGUUGCAGUGCGGUUCUGAGAUGCAACCAUGGAUUCCUCCCCUGUUGGAACGAUUGAUUCCCCUUCUGACAAGUGAAACUACUCCUAGAACCCUUUUGGAAAACGCUGGAAUUACUAUCGCUUUGAGGUCGAUUCGUGAUAAUGACGAAAAAGAUACUGCUUUUCGAGGUCUAUGUGAGAUGAUUCAAGUCAACCCUAAUGGGAUUGCGAAG